AUGGGGUCUAAAACUAAGACCAAGACACCAAUGUGGUCUAAAACUGAGACCAAGACACCAAUGUGGUCUAAAACUAAGACCAAGUCACCAAUGUGGUCUAAAACUAAGAACAAGUCACCAAUGUGGUCUAAAACUAAGAACAAGUCACCAAUGUGGCCUAAAACUGAGAACAAGUCACCAAUGGGGUCUAAAACUGAGACCAAGACACCAAUGGGGUCUAAAACUGAGACCAAGACACCAAUGGGGUCUAAAACUAAGACCAAGUCACCAAUGUGGUCUAAAACUAAGAACAAGUCACCAAUGUGGUCUAAAACUGAGAACAAGACACCAAUGUGGUCUAAAACUGAGAACAAGACACCAAUGUGGUCUAAAACUGAGAACAAGACACCAAUGGGGUCUAAAACUGAGACCAAGACACCAAUGGGGUCUAAAACUGAGACCAAGUCACCAAUGUGGUCUAAAACUAAGACCAAGUCACCAAUGUGGUCUAAAACUGAGAACAAGUCACCAAUGUGGCCUAAAACUGAGAACAAGUCACCAAUGUGGUCUAAAACUGAGAACAAGUCACCAAUGUGGUCUAAAACUGAGACCAAGACACCAAUGGGGUCUAAAACUGAGACCAAGACACCAAUGGGGUCUAAAACUGAGACCAAAACACCAAUGGGGUCUAAAACUGAGACCAAGACACCAAUGGGGUCUAAAACUGAGACCAAGACACCAAUGAGGUCUAAAACUGAGACCAAGACACCAAUGGGGUCUAAAACUGAGACCAAGACACCAAUAGGAUCGUAA